UGCUGUCUGUUUUCCGUGUGUGCUAUCUGGUUGAUAUCAGAGGAAACUGACGAGUGUCUUUACUUGUGGUUGCUGCACGGUUGCGAGACUUGCGACCCCUUGAAUGUUUAAAUUUCAUUAAUGAUUUAACUUAAAAGCUUGAAUAUGUGGAUACGCUAUGCACAGGGUUCCUGUUUUUCCUUGCAUCAGAGUUCUAGUUCUAUUGAAUUGAGCCGAAUUCUCUGAUGUGUUAGUGCAAGGCAGCUGGUGCACGUAUUGAUGUUUUCUUUGCCUGUCGCCAUGGCUGAUGGCUCCGUGCUAUUUAUCUCAGAUGACCAACAAGAAGAGCAGAGGAGAUUCAUCAAACCAGAUGCUGCUUAACGAUAGAGAUGUAUUGGAUCAAAUCAGGGCUCUGGCAAGGUCGCUAUUAUUCCCGACACUAACAUUUAUCAAAGGUAGUUCCUGGGAAAACACCAAGAAGAGGUUCAAAGCGAAUGCUGUGGGUGGCAAGCUCUUGAAAGAUAAAUUUCAUCUUGUGAUUGAAAUGAGUGAUUCAGAAGAAUUUGCGGGCGAAUUGUAUGAUAUGUUGGCAAGGCGAAUGAAGUUGGAUACUUCAAAAGGGAUAACAAUUGAUGAAAUGAGAAUGUUUUGGGAAGAUAUGACUAGCCAAGAUUUUGAUAUCCGUUUGCAAAUCUUCAUUGACAUGUGUGACAAAGAUGGAGAUGGGAUGCUAUCGAUAGAUGAGGUUUGCGAGGCAAUAGUUUUAAGUGCCUCGGCUAACCAACUUGAGAAAGUCAAGUCACAAGCACAAAAUUAUGCAUCUUUGAUCAUGGGAGAGCUGGACUCAGAUUGCCAAGGAUAUAUAGAGUUGUGGCAACUUGAAGCAUUUUUAGAGGAAAUGUGGACUUCAACCAAUCACCGAAUCCAUGGGAUUGACUUGGAUCGUCAACCAACAUGUCCAACAAUUUUUCAAAAUAUAAACAUCAAAGGCCUAUGUGGAACUCCCGAGAAGAGUUACAAAGAGUAUGAAAUUCUCUUACUCAUUGGAAUCGGCACUGGAGCAACUUUUUUCACCAGCAUCCUCAAGGAUCUCUUGAAUAACUUGAAGGAAAGCAGCACACAGGAUAUUGAGAGCAGAAAGAGGCCUGAAAAGGCGUACUUUUAUUGGGUUACAAGUGAACAGGGCUCCUUUGAUUUGUUCAAGGAUGUCGUGGAUGAUAUUGCACAAUAUGAUUCAGAUAAUGUGAUAGAAAUCUGUUACUACUUGACUAGUGUGUAUGAAGAAGGUGAUGCUCGAUCUGUACUUAUACAAAUGGUACAAUCAUUGCAGUAUGCUAGGAACAGAGUUGAUGUGAUUUCUGAAAGCCAGAUAAAAACAUAUUUUGCAAAACCUGAAUGGUACAAGGUAGGUGAGAAACUAGCUGCCACACACAAAUCACAAAAAAUAGGUGUAUUUUGUUGUGGAAAUCAAAGUGAGAUAAAAUUAUUGAGGAGGUUUUGCAAAUAUGUUGGCCUUAAUAUUACCUUCCACUUCCACAAGGAGAACCUUUAGAGUUCAGAUACAGCAAAAAAAAACAGCAGGGGAAAUAACAAAUGAAUGCGAACCUGUCUGAUUGAUUGCUCAAGAUUCAUUCCCUUCAAUCUUCUCUGGAUGCUCAAGAGUUUAUAACAAUUUGCCCAGCUAGUUCAAUAAAAGGAGAUAAGAGCUGUCUGUUACACUCGUAUUGCAUGUGAAUAUGUAAAUUUUUUUUUGGGACUUAUUUGUUAUUUACUGAUAUGAUUUGUGUGGAAUACGAACCUCUUUUAUUUUCUCAGGAAAAUACCUAAUAUCAAAAUUCUGGUUUACGCGUCUAAUUUUAAUCUAUGUAGUAACCU